GUGCCAGAAUAAAAUAAGAUUAUUAGGGAACUAUUUACGCUCGAUGCAUUUUUUUCUAAUACCUCGUAUAAUAAUGUACAAUAAUUAAUGUACACAUCACAUACAUAUGUAUAUGUGUACCUUUAUUUAGGCCGAAAAUCGUGCGAGAUUAUCAAAGACAUAAUUUGUCUAUAUCACAAUUUAACGGCUAUUGAAAUAUGCAUUUUAUAGCGAUAAGCUUAAUAGCUGUAAUUAGAGAGAGAUGCAACAAGUCUGAUAACGCCGCACAUAUCGCACAAACGAAGAUAACAGUAGCCGGUUAUCUCUGCAGGCGAUAAAGUCACGCGACCGUCGUUCGUUACUUUAAUAAAGCAGAAUCCGCAUUAUCGGAUUGAGUCUGGCAAAUUUUCUCGUGAAUCGAUCGUCCAUAUUGCCGAGACAAACUGUGACCUGCAAGCAUUUUUAUGUCAGAGUGCACGGUUUGCAAUUUCUCUUUUAAAAUUAAAGAAAAUUAAAGACGAAUCACGCAGGGCUACGCGCUUUAUUGGGGGCGCUAAAAAGGUCUUCGAGCCGAAAGAACGCGUUAAAUCGGUGCAAUUUAUCGAACAUGGUUCAACGUCGUCAUGUGCAGGGCUACGAAAACUUCCUCGAGUUUACAAAGGAUCUUAAAGUAACGGAGAAUCCGAUUUUCAUGCUGUAUACCGGCACAAAGCUACCGGACACUACCAAAAGCUGGUGUCCAGAUUGUGUGGAAGCUGAGCCAGUUCUCGAACAAGCUCUAGAAGCAGCGGAUUCUUCUCGGGAAAUGCAAUUAGUGGUAGUGGAAGUUGGUGACAGAGCAUUCUGGAAAGAUCAAAACUGUCCAUUCAGGACAAAUCCUAUUACCAAAUUGAAGGUUUUGCCAACUCUGGCCUUAUGGGGUACUCAAAAACGUCUAGAGGGCAACCAAUUGUUGCAGGCUGACCUUAUAGACAUGUUAUUGCAUGAGGACGGAGAGGAUUGAAUGCUCGUUUUUUAAAAUACAUUUUUGUAUUUUAUAUAAAAGGUACAUUAUACAAUUUUUCAAUUAUAAA